AUGGGCACAGAAAUCACUUCAGAUUGGAUUGGAUUUGCAACCUUUUCAAUUGUUAGUGUUUCAGCAGAACGAGAAGCAUGGAAAUGGUCGAAGAAUUUGAAUAAAAGUUUAAUAUUUCAUUGGCAUGCACGACCAUUUCUUGUCCCAUCCUCAUCUCCUGAACACAUGGAUUCCUCAACAUGGUUACAACAGUAUCAUUUCAUACCAUGUUCGAGUUUUAAUGAAUUUUCGAGAUGGUUGUACUCAGGCAGGCUAGUCACAAUAUCAAUCAUGUGUGCAUGUGAAACAAAUUUAAAGGAACACGUAUGUAAACAUUCUGUUGGAUUGAUGAUUUAUUUUAAUUACUAUAUUGUAUCUGAUCCAGGCAAAAUAGAAGAUUUGGGAAAAAGACGUGGACGUUCACAGAAGGCGACUCCUGCAUUGAGUCAUUAG